AUGGUGGGCAACUCUAGCAUCAAACCAAAAGAUGAAUUAGGAACUGCUCUGCAAGAUGCAGUACUUGAUGGACACCUGGAUGUUGCUAAGCAGCUUCUUGGCCAGGGGCUGAUGUUAACGCCCAAGGUGGUCGAUAUGGAAAUGCUCUCUAAGCCGCAGCACUUAAUAGAUAUCUGGGACAGAGAGACCCUGAAUUUACUCCUUGAAGCUGGCGCAUAUAUUCACAUAGCCAAAGUUGAUGCUUUCCACCAGACGCCACUUCAUAUUGCCGCUUCUCACAACCCAGAAGUCCUCCAAGCCCUAGAAAGCUCAUUGAAUUCAGCUGCCAAUAACGAAAAGGGGGACGCAUGGCGCCGCAUGUAUGCCGCUAUCAACCAAGAAGACAUUGAUGGAUGUACCCCUUUACACCGCGCUGUUGAGAAUUCCGCUGGGGAGGCUGCGGAAUGGCUUAUCAAACAUGGUGCUGAUGUUAACAUUGAAGAUUUCAACAAGCUUACUCCAUUUCAGCGCGCCUCUCAACUGAUGGAUUUUGGAAUGAUGUGCCGCAUUUUCCCUCGUAUCACCAAGAGUUCAAUAAAGGCAGCAGACUGGAGAGCUUGCGUCCCAUCAAUCACAAAAAGGAACAUUAUUCUAGCCUUGGGACCAAAUAUAUCUCCAGUACAAGUGAAGUCUGGUCAGCAAUUAACGCAAUACUUUUAUGCGAUGUCAUAUUCCUUAGCUUUCUCCACGCCAAGCGUACCAGCACAAGGUGAUAAGUGUGUUGCCAAUGAUAUUCCACACAGGGCAGUCGUGCUUCUUGAAAACGAUAGCCUUCUCGGUCAAUCUUUUGUUGAGGGAGUCUGCUGGCGAUGGUGGCGCAAGGUCAUGAAACGGAAACCGCAGCCGACGAUGGAAAAGGACAAAGUUGAUCAGUGGCAUUAG